UUCAGUCAGUAGAGUCGUUAGAGAAGAUAAUCAUAUCUUCCGAAUUAGUUGUGUGCGACAGCUGAGUGUGCCAAGUUUUGUGUUGUGAUUUCGUUGAUGAACAGCCAAGUUAGUUACAAGAUGUAUCAAGCCGAGACAAAUAAUCCUGUUGUUUUGGAGGUGAAUCCGCCGCAUUACGGCUUGCAUCACGGACAACCCAGUCCACCGCAUUCCCCUACAAUGUUUAACAAUCGUACUAGUCCGCCGAAUCAAGACAUGAUCCACAUCGCCAAUGCCAAUACAAGUCCAUCCUCAAUCAACGAUCCAAGCAUAAGAAGAUACAGGACGGCUUUCACCAGAGAGCAACUUUCCAGGCUGGAAGCAGAGUUCAACAAGGAAAGUUACGUUUCCAGGCCGAGGAGGCAAGAACUAGCGAACGAGCUGAACCUGCCUGAGAGUACGAUAAAGGUUUGGUUCCAGAACCGGAGAAUGAAAGACAAGCGGCAGCGCCAUACCCUGGUGUGGCCCUACGCCGCCGUGUAUUCAGAUCCAGCCUUUGCAGCCUCUCUCCUCCACGUGGCGGCAUCCUCGCUACCGCUACACUACCCCCCCGCCCCAGGGUUGUACCCCUCAGCGUACCCGCGCUAUCAGCCCUACCACGGCUUCGGCAUGCCCGCUCCGGGGAUUCCCUUGCAGCAGCCUUGGCACCAGGCCAUAUCGCAACCACAGAACCUGAACCUGAAUCUUCCUCCCUUCGAGUGGAACCCCAUGUACCAUGCCCAGCAGCAGAGGGUAUCCCCAAAUUCUUCGGUCAACUCAGAGAUCAGUAUCAGCCCUCCAAUUCACGAGAGGGCUUUAAACGUGGCGGAUAGUCUCUCGCAGAGUGUUGUGGGGAGGCCCAAGCUGUUCCAGCCGUACAAGUCGGAGGCGUAAUUGUUCCGUUGGGCAGGGGGGGGGACGUUUUAUAAUGCCAAAGAUAGUUUUAAGUGGCUGGGGAGUUUCGAUUGCUUGUUAAUGAAUUUUAUUCGGCUGGGACACCGAGAUAGACUUUGAAGGAGCUCUUCGGUGAUGAGAUUGGUGAAUGUUGAUUUCACCACUGGAUCUUCAUUGUGUUGUGGAACAUAACCUUUAAAAAUGCAGAAAGAAUCCAAAUUGAGCAACCUGCAAUUCAUCAUCAGUUGAAAUUUUAGUUUCAGACCGUUUUUAUGAGUAUGUAGGCUGGCAUUUUCGCGAUAAGUUUGCACUGACGUCAUGAGAUAGCUGAUUUAACAUUUUUUAGAUAUUUGAAUCGUUAUAGAAUGAUCUCGAUUCCCUUGUUAUGGUUCAAUACUGUUAAAAAUAUACCCUACAUAUAUUUUAUGAAAAAAUACAAAACAAGUCAUUAUUUUCCACCAUAUAUGAGUGACAUCAGUGCCAACUUCUCCUGAAAUAUAUUGUAUGUUGAUUUCCCUGUGAACGAAGUUAUAAUAUUCGGGUUAUGACUCGACCCGACGAUUUUGAAAUUAUUAAAAAUUGUUUAACCGGUCAAUGUUGAAGGAACAUAAAAAUUUUGUCCACACAUUUGAGAAUUUUAACUUUGUGAAAGGAAUUUGUAAAAGUAUGUUAGAAUUGAAUGUUUUUAACAUGAAGAUAUUUGAUACUAAAUCUGAUUAUCAAUUGCAAAAAUAUUGUUUGCUGUCCAGGAAAAGUUCCGUAACAAUCAAUUGUUGUUUCAAGCCUUAGUGAUAUAUUGUAUAUAAUUGUUUAUGAUUGUGUAUUUUAAAUUAUUUGUACAUACCGUUGAUAUUCAGAUUAAAUAUACCGACUAGAGAAA